AUGAGGGAUCAGCUCGCCGACUUUAUGAACUCGGACGAGACAAGCUCAAAGACAGACGGCGGCCUUCCAAUCAACAUCCCGGCAGACGUCUCGCUCGAUGUCAUUCUCUGGGUUCAUCCUUCCCCGCACAUGCAGGUGGUAUUCCCGAUGCGGGAUACAACCGCCAACAUCACACUGAGCAUUUUGGAAAACGGACUGGUGCAAAUCAUUCACGAGAAUGUUCUCGGCGAAGAACCCGGCCCGGUCAAAGAGAUUAACGGAAGCAAUGUCACAAGGGAGCAGCUGGCCAAGGUAUUGGAGCACCUCGAGGAUUUGAGCAAAUGGGCCGAGUGGAUUCGAUCUCGGCUGUAA